ACAACUAGGAUGAAGUCAUGAAAGAGAAGAAGUCAAAAGUCAAAAUUAACAUUCAGGUUCAAUAUUUUAUACACGAACUUCCCACGCACUAACAACGAGAUGGAUGGUUCACCCUCACUCUCAUUUUCUUAGGUUUUUCGACUCAGCCUCCGUAUCAAACCCGAAUCGGCGGCGAACUCACCAACCCAGAAGAGUAUGUUGGAAUAUAUAAGCACGUGGGUAUCCUUUAUUGCAUUACAUUUGAUUGCAGAGAGAAAUGGGAUUCAUAGGAGCCCUGAGGAACAUUAUUCGCCCUUUGUCUCUCUCAACAUCUAGAACCUUAACUUCACAAAUCUCCACCAAUCCUACGAUUGCAUUGUUUUCUACUUCUUUGGCAUCUCCUUGCAAACAGCCCCAAUGGCUUUUCCCCCUUCGGAAUCACUUCCAUAGCUUGACGGACACACGCUUCCCUAAGAGACGACCCUCUGAUAAACCCCGUCGAAAGAGGGCUAGCUUGAGACCCCCUGGGCCUUAUGCUUGGGUUCAAUACACACCUGGUGAACCCAUACUUCCAAAUAAACCAAACGAAGGGAGUGUCAAGAGAAGGAAUGAGAAGAAACGCAUGAGGCAGCACCGUGCCUUUAUAUUGGCUGAAAGGAAGAAAAGGAAAGCUCAGAUGCAAGAGGCUAACCGGAAGAAAAGCAUUAAGAGAGUAGAGCGUAAAAUGGCUGCAGUUGCAAGGGAAAGAGCGUGGGCAGAGAGGCUGGCUGAAUUGCAGCGACUUGAGAAAGAGAAGAAAAAUUCUAUGGCUUAAUUUUGCUUAUGACCUCUUCUACAAUUGAUAAUAAUGGUCAACUUGUUAGUACUUUGAACUCUCUUCACACUUCUCAUAUUUUCAAUAUGUUCAAUGAUGUCUGCUAUUUGGGCAACUCUACUUAUUUUAAGCAGUUUUUCCUUCUGACAAAUGGACGUGUGAAGCUCCUCCUUACUUUCUCAA